AGCUUGUCUCACGAAUAUGUACGCCCUCGCCCAGAGGGAAAAUGUUAUCGCCCAACACCAUAUAGGUGUCCUUAUCGUCAUGGGCUGAGAAAAAUAAACUGGAGCAUAACAUCGUAGACGCGCACACGCGCUUCUCAACUUCACUCAACUUCCGGUUUGCUCUUGACCUUCUCUCAGCUCUUGCGGACGCCAUCAUCUUUCUUUAACCUCGCUCAAUACGAAACCUGCAACUUCAGCAGGUAGCACACGAUGGGAAGCUCGGUCAAGGAUGAGACUAUCGUCAAUGAAGCAGGUGUGAAUCUGGAGGAGAGAGACGAGGCUGAGUUGGCGAAGAUGGGAUACAAGCAGGAACUCAAGCGUGACCUUGGUCUUCUCCAGAACUUUGGUGUAUCAUUUUCGAUCAUCAGCGUCAUUACCGGGACAUCUUCUCUAUUUGCCUAUGGUCUGACAACGGGCGGUCCAGCUGUCAUGGUAUGGGGUUGGGUGGUUGUCUCUUUUUUCACCUUGUGUGUUGGUUUCGCCAUGGGAGAGGUCUGCAGCGCACAUCCUACCAGUGGUGGCCCAUACUUCUGGGCCGCAAUGCUCUCGCGUCCACAAAACGCAGCGCUCGCGUCUUGGGUCACUGGUUGGUUCAACCUUUUAGGACAAGUCGCUGUCACUACGGGUAUCAGUUAUGCCUGUGCAAACUUCAUCUCGACCGCAAGUACCCUCGGGACCGAUUAUGUCCCUACCGCAGGAAAGACCAUCGGUAUCUAUGCUGCUGUACUCUGCACCCAAGGCAUGAUCAAUACCUUCGGCGUCCAUCUCCUGAAAUACCUCAAUAACGUCGCCGUAUGGUGGCAUGCUAUUGGGACAGUCGCCCUUGUCAUCGCAGUCCUCGUCAAAGCCCCAACACACCAAUCUGGCAAAUUCGUCUUUUCCACCUUCAUCGACGGCACUGGCGUCGAUGGAGUUGGGUGGUCAGAGCGUGCCAGUCCGGCUUAUGUUGCUGUUAUCGGGAUUCUGAUGGCACAGUAUACUUUGACUGGGUUUGACGCUAGCGCACAUAUGACGGAAGAAACGCAUAAUGCAGCUAUGUCAGGCUCGAUUGGCAUUGUUAUGGCUAUUGGUGUCUCCGCUGUUCUCGGAUGGUUCCUCCUUCUCGGCCUUCUGUUCUCGAUACAAGAUUAUGACAACACGGUUGCUUCUGCGACUGGUCAACCCAUCACUCAGAUCUUCCUCGACACUGUAGGAGAGAAGGGUGCUAUCGUUCUCAUGGUCAUCGUUAUUGGGUGCAUGUUCUUGUGCGGAACGUUCUCCGUGACGUCCAACUCCCGUAUGAUGUACGCUUUCGCGCGUGAUGGUGGUAUCCCCGGGCACACAUUCUUCCACAAAGUCGACUCCAAGUGGAGAUCCCCCAUCCGUACCGUUUGGUUGGCUUGCACGCUUAGCUUCUUGCUCGGACUGCCGAGUUUGGGAAGUACGGUCGCGUUCUCUGCGGCUACUUCUAUCGCCACCAUCGGUCUCUACAUCUCAUACGGCAUUCCCAUCGCCCUCCGCGUAAUCCACGCCAAACACUUCGUCCGCGGCCCCUUCCACCUCGGUGUCAUGUCUUUCCCCGUCUCAAUCAUCGCCGUCGUCUGGAUCGCCUUCAUCUCCAUCGUCUUCAUCCUUCCCGAGCUCAACCCCGUAGAUUCCCAGACGCUGAACUACGCGAUUGUCGCUGUGGGUAUCGUCAUCGCGUACAGCAUGGGAUUCUGGUUCCUCAGUGCGAGGAAGUGGUUCACUGGACCAGUGAAGCAGAUCGAAGCCGAGUCGAGAGGUGUAGAUAUCACAAAUCCGGAGGUGAUGGCGGAGAAGGAUAGAGAGAGUUAUUGAUGCUGUAGACUUUCACUGAUUGUUGAGAGAGGUGGUCGUAUUUUGUUGAGUCGAUUUAUGAGCGGAUUUCUUGGAUAUGUCCACGCAGGAGUGUAAUGUACUAGGCCACUGCUCCGC